CCACUACCUAUCGUCCUCUCUCUCCUCUCUUCGAUUCGCAAUUCGAAGGCUUCCCAGCCUGCGCCGGUAGGCGGCGGCGGCGUGUAGAGGGUUUCCUGAGGCGGCAGCGAUGGCGGCCACGGCGAAGUACAAUCGGAGCAACCCGGCGGUGAAGCGGAUCCUGCAGGAGGUUAAGGAGAUGCAGUCCAACCCCUCCCCCGACUUCAUGGCCCUGCCCCUCGAGGAAGACAUCUUCGAGUGGCAAUUUGCUAUCCUUGGCCCUCGAGACAGCGAGUUUGAGGGUGGAAUCUACCACGGCAGGAUCCAGCUGCCUUCUGACUAUCCAUUCAAGCCACCUUCCUUCAUGCUGCUCACGCCAAGUGGACGCUUUGAGAUUCAGAAGAAGAUUUGUUUGAGCAUAUCCAAUUACCACCCUGAGCACUGGCAACCAUCAUGGAGUGUGCGCACAGCGCUAGUAGCCCUGAUUGCAUUCAUGCCAACAAACCCUGGUGGUGCGUUGGGCUCACUGGACUACAAAAAGGAAGAUAGACGAGCACUUGCUAUAAAAUCACGUGAAGCACCACCAAAAUUUGGCUCCCCGGAACGUCAGAAACUAAUUGAAGAGAUCCAUGAGCAAAUGCUCACUAAGGCUCCUCCUGUUCCCCAAGCUCUACCGAAUGGGCCAAACGACGAGUCUAACCAAUUACCUGCAGCUGACUCUUUUGGUGAGCAUGCAGACAAGGCGGAUGAAGGUGGGUCUGUGUCAGUCUCGAGUGACCUUACUGAGCCUCAAUCUGAGUCGGGUGUUGCAGAAAACACUGCUGAACCCCCAGUAGCUGAGGUUACCAACCCUCAUCUGCCUGAAGCGAGCCACAGAGAAAACAUUCCAAGAGUUCCCUUGGCACCGCAGAAUCCUGUUGUUGCAAUCCAGAAGCCAAAGCAUGACAGGCUGUUGACCUUGGCCGCAUUUGGGCUGACUCUGGCUAUUAUGGCCCUCGUGAUCAAGAAGUUCUUGAAAAUCAAUGGCCUGGCAGGUUUCAUUGAGGGCAAGUUCUGAGUAGGGUUGUGCAUACUUUGGAUAAGAGAUGCCCCAUUCCUCGUCUAAGGGGCUUUGCUAUGCGGUCCUAUAAUUUUUAUAACCCCGUAAGGUUUGUAAAUGGCUGUUGUCUAGUUAUAGAUGAAAUCAAAGUGGGAUCUUAUUAUGUUACCCCAUUGUAUGUAGGACACUGAUGAAAAAUUGCUAAGGCUUUGCAUCAUCUGUUACUGUAUAUACCGUAUUACUGUGCUAUGGCUUGUUUGUAGUGCGCAUUUUA